AUGGAAGGCAAUUCUAAGCGUUACAUUAGGAGUGACUCCGCGAGUUGUGCUCACAUGGUUGAAGAGAACACUGCGAACAACAGAAAAAGUGCUGACCCCCACGAGAAGUUAAAGGCCCUGCUAAAUUCACCAGAGGAAGACACAGAUGACAGCCUCCCGCCGUCUGACGCUCCUAAGUUCGGGACUGUGAUACACAAUAGAAUUUUCGUAGGAGGAUUUUCAUUGACCACCACCGAUGAGGACCUGUGGAAGUUCUUCUCUGGUUUCGCGACGGUGACCGCUGCAAGGGUGAUUUAUGACAGAGCUGGGGUGUCCAAGUGCUACGGUUUCGUCACAUUCGCCAGUCCUCGGGUCGCAAGAUUGAUUGUCAAACAGAGUGGCGGAGUCAUGUUUUCACCGCUUGGACGUCUAAGAGUGGCACAAGCAGUAAGGAAACAGAUAAGCCAACUACCAGUGGUCAGCUCAGAAGCGACUCCGCUACAGGCCCCACUCUGCUAUCAGCUAAUCUGCCCUCCCCUAGCUCCACUACCUGCUUGUGCUCCCUGUGAAAUCCCCCCACCGUAUGCUGUGUAUCCGCUGCCAUAUGAAACGGCACCGGCCAUCUACGGACCGCCAGCUCAAUUCGCGUUAGUGCCAGCGCCAUACAGCACAGCUUGCUGCGAGCCGUCGUGCUGUGCUCCCCUGGACAAGCAGCCUCGCAUACCGCCGCCUCCUCUCCAUCCAGCCUUCAUCUAUUAA